UACACUUUCUAAGAUUUUAUCGAAGUCUUCAAACCUUUUAUAAAUUAGAAUCUAAAUCUGCUGAUCUGAGAUACUGAUCAUGAUUCCUACUGAUAUGAUCCAUGAGAUACUCUUGAGACUGCCUGCUAAAUCUGCUGGGAGGUUCCGUUGCGUCUCAAAGCUAUGGUCAUCCAUCAUUACUCGUCCAGAUUUCAUCAGGUCGUUCGGGAGUCCGUCUUCCACACGGUUGUGUCUUUUAAUAUGUGCGAGAACAUUAAACAAGUGUCGUAUCUUCAACUCAAUCCCCCAACAUGAGCAUCCGGACAGAACAUACAAUCCGCAUGUGGAAAAAUAUGAGAUAUAUGCUCCUAGGGUUUAUCAUUACCACGGGUCCGAAACAGUCCAUGGCUUAACAUACUUGGCAGAUCCUUAUGGGAAUAUUAUAGUUUGGAAUCCAACCAUAAGACAACAUGUUAAGCUACCCCGACCUUCAGAACGACUAUUUGUAUGUAACUUUUUAGGAUAUGAUCCGGUCGAGGACAAGUAUAAAGUCUUGUGCAUCUCAAUAUGUAGAUACCAAGAUCCUCUUGUUUUCACAUUGGGACCUCAAGAAUCAUGGAGAGUGGCCCAAAAUAACCUUACACAUAGCCCUUCACGCACAUUUGGAGCAAGAGGUAUAUGCAUCAACGGGCAUGUCUAUUAUGAAGCGGAGAUACAAUAUAGAGUCGGUGAUACUUUUAAAACAGAAGAUAACCUUAUGAGCUUUGAUGUGAGGUAUGAAAAGUUCAACGUUAUCAUAAAACCAGCUAAUGAUAAACUUUGCGAUUGUUUCUUCAACUACAGUGGAAAAGUAGCAUGGCUUUGCUCGGACGUCUCUUGUAUAAGGUUUUGGGUUCUCGAGGAUAAAGAGAAACAAGAAUGGUCACCUAGAAAAUUUCCUCUACCUUUUCCAAGAUUACGUGACCCGAUCUGGCUAGUUGUUUUGAGAUUGAGAGGUAUCACUCAUGAUACUUGUGAGUUUAUUUAUACUUGUACAACGCUUGAAGCAAUUUAUGUUUUGUACUAUGAUCCUAAGAGAAACCGUAUAAGGAGGGUCAAAUAUGAAGGGCUUCAAGAAGAAGAAGAAGACUUCUUGAAAAAUAACAUUGAAGAAAAUAUUCACUAUUAUCCCAAUCACUGUGAGAGUCUCGUGUCUUUGAAGGACGUUCCUGGCUUUGAGCCUGAUUGGUUGAGAAUAUAAAUAGGGCUAUUAUGUAUCCAAUCAAACAUUAACUUGAUAGCGGAUCUACCACAGUUACAAUAACGUCCCAAGCUUC